GAGUGGCUGACAAGAUGGCGACUCCCAGAGAGGGGCAUGAAAAUAGCCUUCUGUAGCAAAUGGGGACUGGGUUUCGAUUGUUAAUCUUUGAUUUUGUAUGUUUGUGUACCUUCGAGGUAUUUCGCAGAUGGAGGUUUGAGUAAUGCUUACGUAGCAGUUAGUAAACCGUUGAUUCACUUACACUUGCUAUUUAGUUGACGGAAAUUAAUUGUUUUUAUUUGCCGCUCCGCCAUUUUUCAGACUGGCGGAGGCUUGUUUCAAGAUGGCGACUUCCAUGGUUUUGAUACUCUUUCUGCAUCAGGGACAUUUAACUGCCUAAUGUAAUUUUGGGAUUAGAAGGACAUGACGUCCCCCGGAGCCGCUGUGCCUGGAUCCACCGGAGCUCCGCUGCAGCCGCGAUGGAAGCGGGUUCUGGGAUGGUCCGGGCCGGUCCCCCGGCCGAGACACGGGCACAGAGCCGUAGCCAUCAAGGAGCUGAUGGUCGUUUUCGGCGGAGGAAACGAAGGGAUCGUUGACGAGCUGCACGUAUAUAAUACUGCAACAAACCAGUGGUUCAUACCAGCUGUUCGUGGAGACAUUCCUCCCGGCUGUGCAGCUUAUGGUUUCGUAUGUGAUGGCACACGUUUAUUGGUGUUUGGUGGAAUGGUGGAAUAUGGAAAGUACAGCAAUGACCUUUAUGAGUUACAGGCAAGCAGAUGGGAGUGGAAAAAAUUGAAACCAAAAGCCCCUAAAAAUGGAGCACCACCAUGUCCUCGCCUGGGCCACAGUUUUUCUAUUGUGGGCAACAAGUGCUAUCUUUUUGGGGGGCUUGCCAAUGACAGUGAAGACCCCAAGAACAACAUUCCCAGAUAUUUGAAUGACCUUUAUACCCUCGAGCUGCGCCCGGGCUCCAGCGUUAUGGGCUGGGAUAUACCGGUCACAUAUGGAGCGCUUCCGCCUCCAAGAGAGAGCCACACUGCUGUGAUUUAUACUGAAAAAGCUACUAAGAAGUCACGUCUUGUUAUAUAUGGAGGAAUGAGUGGUUGCCGUUUGGGAGAUCUUUGGACGUUGGAUAUUGAUACACUGACCUGGAACAAGCCUGCAAUAAGCGGCACAGCUCCCCUGCCCCGUAGCCUUCACUCAGCCACCACGAUUACAAACAAAAUGUAUGUUUUUGGUGGCUGGGUUCCCUUAGUGAUGGAUGAUGUGAAGGUGGCCACACAUGAGAAGGAAUGGAAGUGUACAAACACACUGGCCUGCCUGAACAUGGACACCUUGACAUGGGAGACUGUUUUGAUGGACACUUUGGAGGACAGCAUACCACGUGCACGAGCAGGACAUUGUUCUGUUGCUAUUAACAACAGACUUUAUGUUUGGAGUGGACGUGAUGGGUACCGCAAAGCUUGGAACAAUCAGGUGUGCUGCAAAGACCUGUGGUAUCUGGAAACAGAGCGACCUAAUCCUCCUUCACGGGUACAGCUUGUCCGGGCCAACACAAACUCUCUGGAGGUUAGCUGGGGAGCGGUGUCUACAGCAGACAUGUACCUGCUUCAGCUUCAGAAAUAUGAUAUCCCAUCAGCCACUGCUGCCACAUCACCAGCCCUCAACGCAGCUCCCUCCCUCCCUGGAAACUCUCCUAAGAGUCCAGCGCCUGCUGCAGCUGCUCCGUCUGCUCAGAGUCUGCCGCAAAGUGGCAUCACCCUCGUGCCCCAGGCUGCUUCAGUUCUGCCCAGCACACCUGCAAGUCCCAUGGCUGCCUCAACAGCUCGUGGACCAGCUAUUCUGAAAGUUGCAGCCCCUCAGUCAGGCACUGGGACGUCAAUUGUCACUGUGCGACAGGCCACCCAGGCCGGAAAGUCCCCAGUCACUGUGACAUCACUUCCUGCAGGUGUUCGCAUGGUAGUGCCAACACAGACCACUCAAGGAACGCCCAUCGGCAGCAGCCCUCAGAUGAGUGGAAUGGCAGCUUUGGCCGCAGCUGCUGCAGCCACACAGAAAAUCCCUCCUUCCCCUGGAGCCACUGUUCUCAAUGUGCCUCCUGGGGCCACAAUUGUUAAAACGGUGGCUGUGACACCUGGGUCCAGCACAGUUAAAGUGGCAUCACCCGUCAUGGUAAGCAACCCUGCCACUCGCAUGCUGAAGACUGCGGCUGCACAGGUGGCCACUCCAACAGUGUCCAGUCCCACUACAGCUGCUCGGCCCAUCAUCACCGUGCACAAGUCUGGCACAGUUACCGUAGCCCAGCAGGCUCAGGUUAUGACCACGGUGGUGGGCGGAGUCACCAAGACCAUCACUCUUGUCAAGAGCCCGCUUUCCAUGGGAGGAAACUUGAUCUCCAGCUUGGGCAAGGUUGUGUCAGUGGUACAGACCAAACCAGUGCAGACAACUGCUGUGACGGGACAGGCCUCCUCCAACCCACUGACUCAGAUUAUACAGACUAAGGGUCACCUCCCACCCGGCACCAUUCUGAAGCUGGUAACAUCUGCGGAUGGAAAACCAACCACCAUAAUCACCACCAGUCAAGCAGGUGGCACAGGAAAAAUCUUGGGCAUCAGCGGCAUGUCCCCCACUACCACCACCAAACCGGGCACCACCACAAUUUUUAAAACAAUCCCCAUGUCUGCUCUACAGCAGGGAGCUGCAGGUGUGACCAGUAGUACAGGGGUGAAGAGUCCUAUUACCAUCAUCACCACAAAGGUGAUGACAUCUGGAACAGGAACUCCUGGCAAAAUCAUUACAGCAAUGCCUAAGAUUGGUACAGCAGCUGGCCAGCAAGGCCUAACACAGGUUGUUCUAAAGGGAGCUCCUGGUCAGCCGGGAACCAUCCUUCGCACUGUGCCGAUGGGAGGAGUGCGUCUCGUGUCUCCAGUAUCUGGGGGCAAGCCAACUGUUACAACACUAGUUGUGAAGGGAACAACUGGUGUAACAACUCUUGGCACAGUCACAGGAACAGUUUCUACUAGCUUAGCUGGAGGAAGCUUAGCCAGUGCCAAUGCCACCCUGGCAACUCCCAUCACCACUCUGGGCACGAUUGCCACCCUCUCCAGCCAGGUCAUAAAUGCUACCGCUGUGUCAGCUGCCCAAAGCAACCUGAACACGGUCACCUCCUCAAUGCAGCCCACUCAGGUGACUCUGAUAACAACACCCAGUGGUGUGGAGGCUCAGCCUGGCCAAGAUCUGCCUGUUUCCUUUCUGGCCUCUCCCACCUCUGAGCAGCCCACCUCUACUGAGUCUGGUGCAGGUGAUGCUUCUGGCAGUGCUACUUUAGUGUGCUCCAACCCACCCUGUGAAACACAUGAAACGGGUACAACAAACACUGCCACCACAGCAUCUGCCAACAUGGGCACUGUACAGAGGGUCUGCUCCAACCCCCCAUGUGAAACCCAUGAAACAGGCACCACCAAUACAGCAUCCACAGCAUCUUCAAAUAUGGGCACAGCUCCUGCCGGCACUGUCCAGAAGGUCUGCUCAAACCCACCCUGUGAGACCCACGAGACAGGCACCACCAACACUGCAACCACAGCAUCAUCUAACAUGGGCGGAAAUCAAACGGGAAUGGUGCAGAAGGUCUGCUCAAACCCACCCUGUGAGACCCACGAGACAGGCACCACCAACACUGCAACCACAGCAUCAUCUAACAUGGGCGGAAAUCAAACGGGAACGGUGCAGAAGGUCUGCUCAAACCCACCCUGUGAAACCCACGAGACGGGCACGACAAACACGGCAACCACAGCCUCAUCUAACAUGGGCGGAAAUCAAACGGGAACGGUGCAGAAGGUCUGCUCAAACCCACCCUGUGAGACCCACGAGACGGGCACGACAACCACUGCAACCUGCAGUAUGGAGACAGAUGAGGAAACAGCCCAACAGAGUGGUGAGGCAUCAGAAGCUACCACCAGUACAGAAGGCCUGCCGUCCACUACAGCGCCUCAAAACAGAGCCAUUACUAUAGUCACACAGGCCACACCUCUACCAGGACCUGCUGUUCCGUCCAUCUCUUCAAUCACGGAGUCAUCCUCCGAGGCUGGAGCUGAGCCGGUUGUUAUGGAGAGCUCUGUGGCAGAGUCUUUGCAGGCAGAAGGCCAGGCUGAAGCGGGGGCAGAAGCAAUGCCAAGGGACUUCCAGGCGGAGGCAGCCUCGUUGCCGAGUGACUUCCAGGGAGAAGCCGUAGCUGUAGCCAUGCAGGCAGAGAGCCAGGCGGAGGAAGGGGCAGUUCCCAUGGAACAUGACGCUUCUAGCAUGGCAGAGGGAGAACCCUCUCAGGAGCAGCUACCGACAGCCGAGAUGGAGGGCAUAGAAGCAGCAUCAGCAUCACAAGCCGAGGUGCUGGCCUUGCCACCAGAGCUGAUGUCGGACGGGCAACCCACAACGCUGAUGGUGACAGGUUUGACCCCAGAGGAGCUGGCCGUCACGGCAGCCGCAGAGGCAGCGGCCCAGGCUGCAGCGACAGAAGAGGCACAAGCCCUUGCCAUUCAGGCUGUUCUGCAAGCAGCACAGCAGGCUGUUAUGAGCUCAGGUGAGGUCAGAGGAGACCAGCAGACCCACACCAUACCCAUCGUUUUGACCCAGCAGGAACUAGCGGCUUUGGUUCAGCAGCAGCAGCAGCUUCAGGCAGCCCAGCAGCAAGCUGCUGCCCAGGCCGCACUGCCCACUGAGGGCUUGGCUCCAGCUGACAGCCUAAAUGACCCCUCUUCAGAAAGCAAUGGACACAACGAGAUCGCCGCCGCUGCCACAAAUACAGUAGUCCGACUGCUGCCUAGCACCUCAGCAGAGACUUUGGCUCCAUCCAUCACAUUAGCCUCUGCGGUGGUUGCCAGUCCUGCUAAGAUGCAGGCAGCUGCUGCUCUGACUGAAGUGGCCAAUGGUAUUGAGGCUGCGAAACAAAACCCCCCCACUAUUACCAUCAAACCUCAAGUGAAGAAAGAAAACCAGUGGUUUGAUGUUGGCAUUGUCAAAGUGACCAAUAUGGUUGUAACACAUUUCUACAUGCCUGCAGAUGACGCCGCUUAUGUUGAGGAUGAUUCUGGCACAAUCCCUGACUACAGCCAGAUGAAGAGGGUGGACCUUCAGCCAGGGACGGCCUAUAAGUUCAGAGUGGCAGGAAUAAACACAUGUGGCCGUGGAGCCUUUUCUGAAAUAUCUGCUUUUAAGACCUGUUUACCUGGCUUCCCAGGGGCACCGUGUGCCAUAAAGAUCAGCAAGAGUCCAGACGGUGCACACCUUACAUGGGAGCCUCCAUCCGUGACAUCAGGAAAGAUCACGGAGUACUCUGUGUAUCUGGCUAUCCAGAGCAGCCAAACCACCGAGGCGAAACCCUCGACCCCGGCCCAGCUUGCCUUCAUGCGUGUUUACUGUGGGCCAAAUCCUUCCUGCCUGGUCCUGUCCUCUAGCCUGUCCAACGCCCACAUAGACUACACCACCAAACCCGCCAUCAUCUUCCGCAUCGCUGCACGCAACGAGAAAGGUUAUGGCCCGGCCACACAAGUGCGAUGGCUGCAAGAGUCGAACAAAGAUGGCCUUUCUGCAAAGCCUGCCCCAAAGAGAGCAGUUUCUUCACCAGAUACGAAAGGGAUUGGUCAGAAGAAAGCAAGAAUGGACCAGUGAGCACCUCUCUCCAUCUGUCCUCCAAGACCAGAAAGACUUACACUACCCUAACACAACUUCAUCCGCAACCAUCCAUCAAAACCUGCAAAGGAAAUAGUGUUUCAGAAUACAAUUUCUAGGGAAAGCAUUUUUCUUUUUAAUAGUAUGAAUGGAGAAAAGCACAUUGCUUAUUUUUGAAUAUUUUUCAACAUACUUGGAGUGGGAGAAAGAAAAAAAAAAAUUAGCGUUUUCCAUUGUAGAGUCUUCCUUUUUGCUCUCCACCAUUUCUUUCAAAACCUAUAUCUUGCUUCAGCAAAGUCAAACAGCAGUUUUAAGAUAUUCGUUAUGUUUGUUCUGUCAGCUGGGCUUAAAUGAAGUCGCUCUUUUGUUCUGCGCUGGACUUUAGUGUGAAGUUUCGAUUCACGUUAAAUGUGUGGACACCGCGGGAGGAUUUCUGGAGAUGACCGAUUUCAUUUUCAUGCGAGGGGAAGAAACUGAAAUGGGGGGGGCGGGGGGAACAAAUCAAGCACUCGUCCUCAGACAAGAGGGGAUAUUUUUAGUGAAAUAAGAUCUGCAUAAGGAAUCGUUCUGGACUCCAGCCUGCUGGUGAAGUCUGCACAUCUGCAUUGAGCAGAAAUAGAGGCAGAACUGCAGAUGAAGACGUGGCCAUGGAAGUACAUUACUGGCAGAGAUUUUGCUAGAACUGAGAUUUGCCAUACAAACAAACAAAAAAACUGGGUGAAAAAAAAAAAACUUCCCAAAAUAUUAGCAAGCGAUGAUGGAGAAGAUCUUUUGUGUAGUUUAUUUUUGUAUUUUUAAAGCUUUUCUCCUGUAUGUCUGUUUUUUUUUCACUAUUAUUUUUUUUCUCUUUUGUUUUUUCUUUUUAAUUCUUGGCCCAUCCCCAUUGGUUUAAGGAUUUGUGGGAAGAAGGGCUUUUGGAUGGGCCGUUUUCUUGUCUUGUACUUUUACACGAAGAACUACAUUGUAUUUGUGCUCAAGUUGAGUGAUGUGCUACAGCUGAAAAGGAUGUGAACAUCUGAAGGGCUUUUACUUUGUUUACUGCGUAUAUCUACGCUUGUUUCCACUCUGUCUGUGUGUACGCCAAACCUUGAGGUGUAAAAAUCCUAAAACAUUGAGUUUUUGUUUUUUUAUUUCCUCACCUUACCAAACCGCCGUUUAUUAGUAAAAACUCAACUUUUUCCCUUCCUCUGGCUUGUGCUCUUAACUUUUUCACAACACAACUUUGUAGAAUUUUCUCUGCCCUAGAUUGUGAAGGAAGUUGUCCAUAUGAAGAUCAUUUUCUCUCUUUCUUUUUUUUUUUUUUCUUCCACCUUUGAUUAUCUGAGAGGUAUGCAAACUAAAUGUUCAGUGUAUACCUGUAUGUCUUCAUGUGGGUAACUCUUGGUGAAAGCCAAGUUCGAAUUCGACUGUAAUAUAGUUCAUUCAUAAUGCAAGAAGUGAAGAUGAUGUCCUGGCCUUUUAUAUAUUUACCUGUACAACGUUUUUACAUGUUGGUCAUCUCCUGAUUGCCUUUUUUGUCUUGACUUAUAAAAGAAACCGAAAUA